UUUAAAAUGUAUACGCUCUCAAACAGCUACUAAAUCAUCUCUAAACCAAACCUGUUUGCUGACGAUGAACUAUCUGACGUGCAUAGCACAUUUGUUUGCCAGAACAAUGUAUAAUGUCAAGUUGCUCCGACAAUCUAACGAUUGUUUUCAGCCGAUGCCCGUGUAUUUUAAGACUAGGCCUUCAGUGUGAUUCAUGCCAUUAAGAAAACACAGUUUCACAAUGAAUAAGACACCCUAUGCCUAUCAUACAUUAUGUGGCAGUCAACUAAUAAUACCAACUGACAUUUUAAAAACACAUCCACGUAUGAAAGCCAGAACUUGAUCCGACACUGAAUGCUCAAGCAGCCUAAUUUACACUUAGAAAAAUCCUAAUGUUGCUAUAACAACGCAAAAAUCACUUACUAAUUUACUUGAAGUGAAAAUCAGUUCUCUUUUCCUGUUUAAUAAAUUAAGCAAUCACACAGUCAUGCAGAACAUCUCCUGUUUUUAAAUCCAUAAGGAUCUCUUUCGCAGUGGUGAUGUGGCAGUGACAGCUGACUCGUCAGCAAGAUCUAGCGCUCUUCGCUUUCAAAUUACAUCACUUAAAGCAUGAUUGCAUCACUCAAGGCCAGCUAGAAGGCCUCGACCGGGACAUAUCCUAAAGAUCACACUCACCGAGAACAAAUAAAUCAAUCUGAGUGGCUGAUGAAUCUGACGAUCUGACUUUAGUUGCUCACUCAUUUGCACUGUUGAGAGAUUCUGUGGAAAUUCUGAAGGCCUGAGGGGGUGGAGUUCAAACUCACGUGCUGCUUCAGGCAUGUGAUUUGUGAAACUUGUCACACUUUGCUUGUAAGCAUCAAGGAAUAAAUUCUGACUGGAUAAACUUUUAGUUUUUCUGCAUUUGUUUGUAGAUUAAUUAAGAGUGGAAAGCGAUAAAAAUACAAAAACGUGAUUGAGAAUGAAAAGAUGAAAAAUAUUUAUUUAUUUGGCAUGUUAGGCCAGCAGAGAAGGCUUUGCUGGCCCUGUGAAAUCGCCACUGUUUGUUUUCGAUGUGUCAACCGGAUUCCUUUAAGAUAACCUUCACACUCAUGCACAUAACCCAUCAUUUAUGUAAUUCCUCAAAAAUAUUUCUCUUAAGUUACAGGGAUUUAACUUCUUGUCUCAAAUGUGCUGCGAGUACAAUGACAGUCAAAUAAUAUGGAAUACAAACAGCAGUGAAGUCUAAUGUCUCUUUCUGUGUUUGUACAGGAUUCCUGUCAAAACCUGUAGAGCAGCUUGCUUGCUAAGGUUGCCAUGGCAUCUUUUCAGUAUAAUGCGAAGCCGGAGCCUGGAGACCUCAUUGAAAUUUUCAGAGUUGGAUACCAGCACUGGGCUAUUUAUGUGGGUGAUGGUUAUGUCAUUCACCUGGCCCCACCCUCUGAGCAUGCUCAAGCUGGGGCCUACAGUAUGAUGUCUGUACUGUAUGACAAAGCCAUAGUGAAGAAAGAAGAGCUUUGGAGUGUAGUUGGUGAUGAUAAAUUCAGUAUCAACAACCUUCUGGAUGACAAAUAUGAGCCUCGGACUUUCAGAGACAUCAUACAGGAGGCUCAGAGUCUUUUGGGAAAGGAACUUCCGUAUUGUGUGUUUAGAGGAAACUGUGAGCACUUCGUUACGGAGCUGAGAUACGGGAAGCCACAAUCUCGCCAGGUGCGAAAAGCGGUGGAGAUUGGUGCUGGAGUUGGCCUUGCUGCAAUGAUUAGCUUUGCAGUUCUCGCAGCUGCUGCAGCCAUUUUUGGUUCAAAAGACAAAGAGAAGCAGACACAUUUAGCACAGAAAAGGAAGAACUGAAAGCACAAUUGUGGUUUCACCACGGUUUCUAAAUUUCUAAAACAUUUUCAAAAUUAUUUUGAUACCAUACUUUAUUUUGAUUCCUGUACUUAUUUUAAUAAUAACCCAUUUUUAGGCUUUUUGAUUACUAUAUAAUCGAGAAUGAUUGGUUAAAUAUUUUAUCUGGUAAUAUUUGAAUUCCUUAAACUGACAUAUUUGUGUCUUAGUGCCAUUCAUUCUUUUGACUCAUUUUCAUUCAUUUAGUAGUUUUAUAGUGUGAAUUCUAAUAAAGCACAAAUAAUUGUGGUUGUGUAAUA